CGCCAAUCAGAACAAGGCUCCCCUCCGAAUGGCUUCUUAAAAAUUCUGUCUAAAAAAGCCGUGUUUUGUUUUGCAUCUUUCUGAAUUCCUACAACCGAAAUCAACUUCUCGCUCUGGAAAUCUUUUAAAUGAUUAUAGGAGAGAGUGUAURCAGAAAUCGGAGUCGUUUAGAAGCAUAUUUUUAGAGAAAAUUGGAGUUAAAUGAAGUGAAUGUUUGAAGGUUGUGAAAAAUGACGGUCUUCCUUUGCUUCUUUGCGGUGAAGUCUUUCAAGUAACUGGCGGUUUUAAGCAAGCCGUGUCUUGUUAUCUUGCCGCACAUGUCCUUGCAACUUUUCCGUGGCUGUUCUUUUAUAUCUUAUUGAAGACACCGACGGCUUUGKCAGCAUAUGAAAAGGGAUUUACAACAAGAAACCCUCAAUAUUGCUGUUCACUAACACAAGCGACAACAACAUGGACGAAUUUGAAGAUGAUAUUUUUGACCGUAACAUUGACCAGUUGGAUGUGAGGGAAACUCCAAGGUGGGAGCUCUCUGAAGAGGAGCCAUCAGAUGACAGUGAUGUAGAGACAUUGAUCAACCAACAAAAAAAGAAUGUUGGUCAAAUAGCAAAACAGGCUAAUUCACAGAUGGCUAUCCCAUCAGCUGCUCCUGUAGGAGGGAAGUCAAGACCUCCCAUGGCCAUCACAGAUCAGCCCCAAAGUACCGAGGUCAAUCAGAGACAAGGUGCUACAGCUAUGGCACCAAAUAUUGGUAUACCUCAGAGCCCUUUACUUCAAAAAGGGGCAAGUGGACCAAGGAGUAGUACAAGUACGACGGAGAGUGUGAAGACAGUUAUGUCACCAGUCUUGAAUCCACGGCAACUGGAUAAGAAGAAGAUUGACGAGUUGGUGAAGGCAGCUUAUGCCGAUGAUGGUGAUUCUGUAAAGGAUUUUGGAGCAGCAGAAAGAGAAACCAGAUCAAACACCAAAAUACCCAAGGCUCCUCUCUCAAAUACCAUGACAACGAAGAUUGCUUCAGGCAAAACUGACGCCAUGUCCAAGCUUCCUCCAUGGGAAGAUGAUGAUGCUGACUCAUUGAAGGAUUACACAAGUAAUGACAGAAAAAAGGAAGAAAAAUACAUGGAGAGAACAGAUGAAGCAAUUUAUCAACGAGCAUCAGAAGAGCACAUCAAACGGCCACCUCUCUGGCAUGACGAUGAAGUAGACUCCUUGAGGGAUUUUGGUCGCAUCUCUGGUAAACAAGAGAUGCCAUCUGGCAUUGCAAGCCAGCAACUCAGUCGAUUACCAUCUGAUGAGGAGUUAUGCCUCUCCCCUCCCUGGAAUGACGAAGAUGAUGGUCACGUCAGGAAUCUAUCCUGUACAGAGGCCAAUCACAAGAGCUAUGCUAUCAGUAAGAUGGUGGUAGAGGAACGAAUAAGACAAGCUCCCCCCUGGCAUGAAGAAGAUGAUGCAGACUCAACAAGGGAUUAUUCUCAGUUCUGGAAAUCACGCUCCAUGGAGAACUCUCGUCGGCCCUCAGACGAAAACAUCUAUCUGACCCCACCCUGGAUGGAAGAUGACAGGGAAUCCUGUGCGAAUCACAGUGCAUCGUCUCACAUGACCCUUGAAGAAAAACGUGCCAUAGAAGAAGAAGCAAGGAAUUCUGGGAUAAACGAGGCUGGUAUCCAGGCUCAAGCUCUGCGUGAUGAGAAGCAAGGGACUGGGCCCCAGAUACCUGGAAGAGAUAGUGGUUUUUGUAGYGAACAGGAUCAGCAUGGACAGCAACAAGCUCAAGCUACCACUGAUGUUCCAGAAGAAGAAAGAAUUGAAGCAGACUUCUCUACCUCUCAAAACGAUCAGCCAGUCAGUGUUACAACAGUACAGACACCAAUAAGUGUACCUCCUUCUCAGCCUUGUGUGGCACCCCUCCCUCAAGGCCACGCCCAGUCGAAUAUUGCACCCCUCAGACCAGCCCUCCAAGAUAUACCAGUACUUAAAGAACAAGUAGUUCCAGCUAAAACUCAACUUCAAAUGCUUGAAGCACCGCGAAUUGCUCCUCAAAUUCCACCUGAUGUUAAACACAAAGUGAUAGAAGACCUUCAGUUGAUCCAUCCAUUGUUUCACGAUCCUAUCAGUAUUGUGAACAGAAGGGUCCAACAACAAAACCUUGAGGUACCCUGUACGACGAAUAAACAAGAAGAGAGUAUGAUGAACUGUAUUCCAAGGAUGGGAGCAACGGAUGCCAGGAUGUAUAACAUGGGAUGUUUGUCCAACAAAGGUAUUGCACGCAGUAUUAGCCAAUCAAGUCUCGAAGCCAACUGUUAUUCCCCUCAUGACGCACUUGAAGGACUAGAGACAUCGAGCGUGGUUAGUUUUGCCAGUACGGCCGCCACCCAUCAUGACCUGGACACACGCAUCGACAUGAUGCAGUCACUAAUCUCGUUGCUAGGCACCCAUGAUAAAGAUGACAUGUCACGCACUCUCUUGGCUAUGUCUAAUAGCAGAGACUCGUGUGCAGCCAUGCGGCAAUCUGGUUGCCUGCCGUUACUUAUUGAUCUAAUACAUGGACAUGAUAAUCCAAUGGCAAGGCGUGACUGUAGAGCACGCGCUGGUCUUGCGUUACACAACAUUGUGUAUUCCAACCCUGAGGACCGCAGAGGACGACGGGAGAUCCGUGUACUUAGGCUACUAGAAAUCGCAAGAGCCCACUGUGAUGCUAUCUUGUACAGCAAUCUUCCACCUCACCCAUGCGCAGAACGAUGGUACCCGCCCCUGAGAGAUUAUGGUCCUGGACCAGCAGUGGCUGCCUUGAUGAAGCUCUCGUUCGAAGAGGAGCAUCRCAACGCUAUCUGUGAACUUGGUGGCSUUCAAGCGAUUGCAGAACUCGUGGAAAUCGACAAUAAAGUAAAUGCUGAAUGCUACGACUCCUACAGCAUUGGGCUACGAAAAUACGCUGGGAUGACGUUGACAAAUCUCACUUUUGGAAACACGAAAAACAAGACGAUUCUGUGUAAAAUGGAGAAGGCUGUCAAGGCUCUCAUUGCUCAGCUCAGGACGCCAAAUGAAGAAGAACUGGUUCAAGUGUCAGCGAGUGUGCUCCGUAACCUCUCCUGGCGUGCUGAUGACAUAUCCCGUGAAUCAUUGCGUAAGGUUGGUGCUGUGAAAGCCUUGACCGAAGCGGCCCAGAAGGUCCAUUCUGAGCCCGCACUCAGGACCCUACUCAGCGGUCUAUGGAAUCUCUCGGCUCAUUGCCCUGAAAAUAAGACUGAACUUUGCAGUGUUCCAGGGGCUCUGAAGUUCAUCGUUAAGAGUCUAAACUACUGCAGCCCGUCAGGUAAUAUCUCAGUGGUCGAAAGCAGUGGUGGAAUCCUCAGGAACAUUUCCUCACAUAUCGCUGUAAGAGAAGAAUAUCGUCAAGUCCUCCGCGAAAACGGCUGCUUUCAUACCCUACUAAGCCAUCUCAGGUCCCCAAGUCUACGGGUCGUUAGUAACGCCUGUGGAGCCCUGUGGAAUCUCUCUGCUCGGUGUAUCGAAGAUCAGGAGUUGCUAUGGGAACUUGGAGCGGUGUCUUUACUCAAGUCGUUAGUGACUUCAAAGCACAAGGCUAUUGCAACAGCGUCGUCGGCUGCUCUUCGUAACUUAAUGACUGUCAAGCCUGCCAGUUCUAAUGGUACAGAUAGUGAGUCUGUUUCAUCACGCAAUGCACGACGGUAUCGUAGUAUGCCACCAAGAAGUAGACAAGGUGAUGCCCAAGCCAAACUGAGAAGUUCUUCAAGAGGUAUUCAUUCCCCGGGUGGAACCUCACCGGGUGCUCAUUCAUGUCAUUCAUCGCCUCAUUCUCAGACACCCACCUUGAAGUCCCCGAAAACACAGUCACCCAAGGUUCAGUCUCCUAGACCCCAGUCUCCUGUCCAUCUAAACCAGAGACCACCCCAGGCCCCUCGCCAUGGCAACAAAGAACCAAUCAAGAAGAAACACGAGGGAUCUGCAUUAUCAUUAGACCACAUGGGAAAAAGCCAUAGGAGUAAAGACAGGCAUGGAGACUCUAGCCCACCCUUGACUCGCAGCCGGUCAGAUAUUGGAGCUGUGAACUAUGAACGCAAGCGAAAAGAAAAGACUGGUGCUAUGGACUCAAGUAGUGUUGGUAGUGGAACAUCGAUGGAAGGCCGUCAUUGUCAUCUUGGGCGCUGGAGCGGAAGCAACGAUUCCUUAGCACGUCAUCGCCGGACCAAGAACACCGGUCAUCAACAGAACAAGACAGACCGAGCAGCUGAAGUUGGCGCUACUAAAGGUGGACAACACUCCAGAUCGUCCAGUGAUGGCUGUGCCGUCAUUCAACUUCUUACUGACAGCUACCCACUACAGGUCACCGCCAAGCUGAACACCACAGGAAACCCAACAAUUGAAGGCUUCAGUUCUCGACCAAGACAAGUAAACACUGUUUCUAGUCGACCGAGUGGUAGUCAUAGUGACAGCGCAUCAGUUGUUUCCCCAGCAACGGCUCGCAGGCUCAACCAAUGGGCUGAAGAACAAGCUAUAGAGAGCAUUGAGAUGUCACAGCUUUAUAUAUGUGAGCAAGAUGAGAAACGUGUAGCCCCAAACCCCCAGGUUGCUGCUAGCCGUGAGAGCAUGGGCUCUAAUACUUCACGUCAGAGGAGGAAACAGAUUCAAAGGUUUCGUUCAUUCAGAGACUCGGACAGUGAGCGAGAAGGUGAUAUAGACUCGGAUGAUGAACGAACUGUCUUUGGAAACAAAGGAGGGUUUGGAAAUGCAUGGGUUAACAAGACCGGAAGUAAAACUUCUAGAACCGGAAGUAAUGCGCAGAGUUCUAAAAGACAUUCACAGAGACCAGACGUUACCGGAAGUAGAAAUCCACAAUGUUCUUGUAAGAAUGUUUCUAAUAUCUGGAUAAAGCGAGGGAAGUCCAAAGGAAAAGGCGCCUGCGAACACUGCAUGAAGGAAAAUCAGGAAUCGCGUGGAGGGACUGCGGAUUGCAGACCUGUCGUUAAGAGUCGCCGUGACUCUAGUGAUUCUCCUCUCUCCAGUCCCAAUGCAAUGAGAGGUUUCAUGGCUAACACUGGCUGUGAAGACCUGGACAAUGAUCCUAGUAAACGCGGGGUCAAAGUUACGUCAUUAUAAUAGUCACCAGGCUCUGAACAAAUACACCAUCAACUUUGAAAAGGACUAGGUUCUAGUGAGCAACAAAUAUAUUUUUUAAUUUAAUUGUUUCUAUUCUGAUUGGUUGGGUUAUCGUAAUGUUAAUUGGUCAAUUAUCCUUAUUGAUUCGUAGUGAACGGUGAUGUCUUCGUUAGCUAAUCCGGAAAUCAAUAUAACCGGAAGUAAAUCGACCCUCUCCUUAUAUGUCUGUGUAGUAUCAUUUCCGGUUCAUGUCAAAGAGCAUUUGUAAUUAUUGUGGUAUAUCUACUUUCUGUUAAGAGGAAUACUGAAAUAUGGCUUUUACAAAUUUAAAAGUCUAUAAACAUCUAAUAAAAUAAUUUCAAAAGUGCUGAAAAAGUUGU